AUGCUACUUUUCUGUAUUGAGCUUGAUGAAAUGAUUCUUUCAGUUCCAGAUAAUGAAUGCCGGCAGGGCGUCGGCAAAGCGACAAUAGCCUAUGGAAAGUAUGCAAAGGAAGCUGAUGUGGAUGUUGAGUAUGUAUCACAAACCAGAUCUCUGAGCCGCAACUAUGCUCGUCUUGUGAUCAUAUGUGGUCCUGGAAUUUUGGCAUGUUUGAAUGAACAACGUUCAAGAAUGUGGGAGAGGGGCUCUGUAGAUGUUGACCUACUGCUUAAGUUCGUGAAAGAUAAAUACCCUGAACGGGAGAAGAUCUUUCGCUGCCAUGACCGACUAUGCGCAAAGGCUAUCCUCGGUGGGCUUAGAGCUUAUGGAUGGGAGGACGAUGAGAUUUUUCAGAGCAAGGGAGAAGUGUUGACGGCCGUGAGGAAAUAUUUCGGAGAGCCCGUGCAGGGAGCGACAAACAAAGAGCCCAGCAGCAAACGGCUAUAUCGCGGCUUGCAGGCACAGGAUUUUGAACAACAUGUGCCUAGAGCUUAUCCAUUAGGAGACCUCAGUCAUCGUAUAAACUCGCACAGUGACGCUCCAAUGCGAGCUCUCGCUGCUGCUGCGACCCAACGCGAAAGCACAUACCAGUUGCAUCCAACGGAUUCGGUGCGCGCGGCGCCAUUAAACAUCAUCCCCAGUGAUGUUGGUAACACCCAAAGCAGGUUGAACCCUGGGGACUGUCAAGCUUAUCAAUCGCCGACUGUCCACACUCUUCCCAACACCAAUGUUGAAACCCGCUUUGCCUUUUCUUCACCUAGGCAACCUUCAAUUCCCUAUUCUGUCAGUAUCAAUCUGGACUCCUGGUCUGCCUUUUCUCCAUCCAGACAACAUUCAAUUCACCCCUCGGCGAAUCUCCUUCCUUCUGCCAAUCUUGACUCCUGGUCUGCAUUUCUUUCACUCAGACAAUCUUCAACCGUUCCACCAGAUGCUGACCAACCUCCGAUUGACCCCACGACGGCCGUUUAUUCUACAGACAUCGACCUUGACUCCUGGACUUCUUUUCUUACACCUGGACAAUCUUCCGGGGGAUGUUAG